AUGGCGGCAAAUGAAGACUGUGCUUCGGUGUUGGAACAAUUCAUCUACGAUGCGGCCAAUCUGCCUGCCGAGAUCUGCCAUAUGAUGGAGGAAAUCCAGGCUAAAGACAAGGACCUGCAGAAAUUGAUAUCCACCAUCAACCAAAAGGACACCAACAUACAGAAACACCUCAAAGUCAAUGGUGUUCUGGCUCCUCAUCCUAAGGAGACUGAGUAUGCUGAAUUGGUGAAGAAGAAUUUUGAACAUUCAUUCUCACUGCAGAAUCAGAAAGUGAGCUUGAGUGAAAAGGCGUGCAACCUACUGGAGCGGCAAGUGAAAAGACUCGACGUCAAGAUUCGUGAAUUACAGAACGACGGUCAACUCGUUGAUGGUCCAGCCUUGCCAAGUGUGUUCAACCGCAAGCCUGAGGCUCAAAAGGCGUUGAUCGACCCUCCAGCAAAUCUUCCUCUACAAACCGCUUCUAUCAGUGCCUUGAAUGCAAGCGCACACAGACUAAAUGCUCAGAUGACCAGUGCAACACCCCAAGCUCAGCCUAGGCAGCUACCUCAGAUCGUGACCGCGACUGCACCGGUCCAGAGAAGUUCCGCACCGGCAACACCAGCCUCUGCAGUGCAGCAGCAACGACAACGAGAACGGGAACAUUCCCUGGGAGCCGACACUAAACGUCGCAAAUUAGGCAACCCCCUGGCCGGCAUUAAUCUGCCUGCGCAACCCUCCAAUCUUCGUCAAUCAUCACUUGGACCUGGCACACCCAAACCAAGUACACCUGUAGCUACUAGUCAAAGCCGAGCAGGCAGUAUCCCUCGCACGACUGGUUCUCAACAAAGCACAGUUCUAACAAAGAAGUCAGGGCUAUCGAAGAAGAUCAUAUCACAUCAGCAAGUAAAUAAGUUAAAACAAAAGAGUGCCAACAAGGGCCGCCUAUCAACGGGCCGCAAAAAGGGCCAAUCCCCCUCUGUCCGGGGCAAUCGCGGGGGGACCGCGGCUUCGGAAGAUGCAGAUUCGGUGCUGUCAUCUGCUGAUGCAUCCGAGACGGAUGCUUCCCAGUCAAGAGGAAGGCGAAGAAACAAGAAGCCGGCCGUGAACGAAGCAGAGGCGGAAGUUGCAGAAGACGAGGACAUGGAAGACGAUGAGGCAGAAGAUGACAAGAAGUAUUGCUUCUGUAAUCAACGCAGCUAUGGUGAAAUGGUGGCGUGUGAGAACGACGACUGCCCAUAUCAAUGGUUCCAUACUGGUUGCCUGAAUAUGAAGAAAGUGCCGGAUGAGGAUGAAGACUGGUAUUGCCCAACCUGCCGAGAGAAGCCUGAAAUCAUUGCCAAGGUGCAAAUGAAAAAGAAGCCAGCUGGACGCAAGUAA